AUGAUGUACUGCAAACUUUUGGCGGUUACGCUGCUGCUGGCGGCCUCGUGCCAGGCGCGCCCCAAGUGGGGGAGCGCCCAGCGGUCCUCGCCCUGGGGCCAGAGCGGCAACCACGGCAGCACCUGGGAGAUGACCAUCGUGGAGGGGGUGGGCCCCAGCGGCAGCCAGUUGUACGGAGUCUACCCUGGCAACCCCUGGGCUGGCGUAGACGAUGACCAGGUCGGCAGCUCCUCCAACCAGUGGAACAGCCAGCACGGCGUCCAGCAGGGCGGCCAGCACGGCGUCAACAGCCCAUCCUGGGGCAGCAGCGGCAUGUCUGCCAACAUCCGCAACAACCCCAGCGGCAGCAACUGGGGUAGUCAGCAGCAGCAGGGCCGAUCUGGCAGCCCCUGGGCCGGGCAGCAGAGCCAGCACGGAAGUGGCUGGGGAAGCGGCAGCUCCUGGAAGGCGAGCGGCAGCGGCGCCUGGAGCGGAAACGGAAACGGCUACGGUUCCAACCCUUGGGGAGGCGCCAGCGAGCAGUCCCGUGCCGGUCACACCAACUCCUGGACCAACUCCUGGACCAACUCUGCUGACGUCGACCAGCCCUGGAGCGUCGGCCACCUCAUGAACAACCCCGUGAGCGGAGGCAACCGUGUCAACCAGGUCGGAAAGAAAGGCAACGGCUGGGUGGUAGUGAGCAGCCCUUGGGCCGGUAGCGACGAAGAUGACCAGUCCGUCGAGGUCGGAAACCACGGUGUUCACCAGGCUAGCGGUCGUGGCUGGGGACAGGGUGUUAACCACCAGGGUGUGAACCAGCAGGGUAGCAACCAGGGUAGCAGCUGGAGCUGGGGACAGGGUCAGAGCAGCCAGCGAGGAAACCACGUCGCUGGCCAGGUGGUCGUCAGCCGUAGCCUAGGACAGGGUGGCAACCACCAGGGGUGGAACCAGGGUGGCAACCAGCACGGUGUCAACCAGGGUG